AUGAACCCUGUCAACACAACAGUACUCGCAUGGCGAGACAACGUCGAACCAGACCAAUCAGUCACCGAUGCCACCUCCGUAACCGGACCCACGAUGAUCUCAGCCUCCAACAACCUAUACUGCGUAUACGCAUACGACCUCCAACGGAACCCAACCCAACAACUUGCCACCAGCAUAACAUCAGACCGGGACCCCUACUGCCCACACUGCAGAGGCGAACUCCACCUCUCACCAGGAAAAGCAUGGGAAAUCUCCAAAUGGGCCGACGACACAGAACGUACCUUCCAAGUUCAGAACCGCUUCGUCGUCAAGUGUCAUCGUGAUGGUCCCGACGGCCAAUAUUGCUGCGUGAUUUGCUCCAAGUACGCGGACUCGGAUACCAUCUGCGGCGACGUCAAGGCUCUUAUCAAGCAUCUCUCGGAUGAUCACGAUACCCGGCAGCUCAAGCAUGAGGAGGAUAUUGUGGAGGUGAUCGAGCAGCCGGGUAGUCGGAGGGACAGCGGCAUUGGAUAUUCUACUUCGGUGAGAAGUAAGGGGAGUCGGAGGAGUGCUAGUCUCGCUGAGGGCGGACGGAGACGAAAGAGUCUGUCUGGGUAUGACCGAGAGGCAGACUCAUUUGAUGGCAGGUUCUCGAGGAGGUAG